AAUAGUAAAGAUAAAUAUACGUGANAGUUUUAAAAAAAAAGGGGCAUUUCUUCCUUUUGAAAGAUUACCCAUUUGAUCUAUUUGUAAAGCGAAAAUGUUUCCUCAUCCAGUUAGGAUGAACGUGAUAAGUUAAAACCAUUUGCAAAUUUUGAACCCCAAGCUUUUAAUUCUAUCAUUUUUGAAUAAUAUUAUCAACCAGCGUCGACCCCAUUGUAAAAUUUGUCCCCGACUUAAGCUCACACAUUUUUAACCUUAAUUGCGCAUUCGUGCCUAAUUAAAAAAUUUUCCUUUUGAAAACAGUACAAACCAUGUCUCAGAUAAGGCCAGAACCGAAAGUAGACGUUCCUGAGGGUGACUACAAAAAGGGUGCCAAGCUUUUUAAGGCCAAGUGUGCUCAAUGCCACACGAUAAAUAAAGGCGGAGCGGUAAAACAGGGCCCUAAUCUACACGGAUUCUAUGGCAGAAAAUCUGGAGAAUCGGAUUUCCCAUUUUCGGAUGCAAAUAAAAACUCGGGCAUUAUCUGGUCGGACAAGCAUUUGUAUGAAUAUCUACUGAACCCUAAGUUAUACAUCCCAGGAACGAAAAUGAUUUUUGCUGGCAUCAAGAAGGAAAAGGAAAGAGCCGAUUUGAUUGAGUACUUGAAGAAGGCUUCCUCGGAGUGACGCGCGCAGGUGCAGAAAUUGGCAGAUGAAAAAAAUAUCAAAAUGAGUUGAACGUACGCUUUGGGGGUCAACGGGGGACUCUUGUCAAAUUGUGUCAACUACUCAGGUGGUGGAGAGGCCCACUCACUGACGUCACGUUACGCAAAGUGUAACGCUCAUUUAUGUGGUGCAUUUUAGAAUGUCGUUAACAUUGUCCACAGAGCAGCAAGAUUUUGUUUCCCUACAUUUCGCU